GGACCCCUUUUUUAUACCUCCUGCUGCUUCUUCACGCGACUUGGAGAUAAAAGAAAGGAAAAUAAGAUUAGACCACAUCACUGGGAUGCAAUCUUAUGAUGUGCUAUUUUUUAUUUUUUGUGGAGGGAUCUCUAUUCUCUCAGGAUUCUCAUUUUGGAGAAAUACGGUAUUACCCGGACGUUUUAAUGGCAUGGGGAUUUCUUUGCCUUAUUGCUCUUCAAAACUCGUUUUCUCAUCUGUAUGUUGAUUUGAUUUAUCUGAAGAAUUUGUAAACGAGAAGCCAUACGUAUUUGAGUGAAGGUUAGGUAAAAGCAUAUAUUUUUAUACCAAAAGAAAUUCAAGACGAUGGGUGGAAAUAUAUUUCCAUCUUAUGCUUAUAUAUAUCGGUAUGGCUACAUACAUAAUUGUCGUUUUUGUCUCCCCUCGUUUGGUCGUAUACCGUUUGUUGUGACCCUCUUAAAACUAAACUUGGGAUUUACAUUUAAAUUUUCUAGGGCUCAAUUACCAUUCUGGUAAUCUUCUCCUUUUUUUCCCUCAAUAAUACGUCUUAUUAAACCCUAAACUUACGAUUUGACAAUUUUUUUAAAAUCUCAUGUUCGAUUUUCACUAGAUUCAUUUAAAUUUCUAGAAAAUUUGAGUAAAAGUUUCUCAGCUCAAAUUUUAGUUCUGUUAAUAAACCUAAUUAGCAAUGAAAUAGUAAAUUAACUAGUUCAAACAUAUCUCCAACUAAUAGAUUAAAGCAAAUCUUCAACUGAGAGGUUUAAACCUAAAAUAUUUUCAACCGACCAUCUUAAAUCGCAAAUUGUGGAAAAUAAUAGUCUUCCUAUUGUCAGUUGUAUUUUGAAGCUUGAUUAACAUAUAUUUUUAUUUAUUAUAUUUUUUCUAGCAACAAAGUUGCCUUCAUCUCCUAAUCUCGAACUAUUUUGGAUAUGGUACUCAGAAAAUUAACGCACCCCUAAACUAGUGUUGAUAUAAUUGUAAAUCAAGCGUCCCAUAGGCCACCGAACGUGGCUCAGGCAAACCGACUUGGACGAUUCUGUUGAUGCUGUAAUUGUAAUUAGAAGAUAUCUCGGCAUUGAGAGCUGAAACUUUUGCUCAGUAAAAUUGCUGCCGAUCACCAUGACUGAAUCCAAUCUUCCCAACGAUCCUUCUCCUUCUCAUCCUAAAAUGUCGAAUGAAGUCGGUACCGGUGCCCCUAAGUCCGAGUUCACAGGCCAGAGGGUCCGGUUUCCGAACCCACCGGAGAUACAAAAUCCCGACCCUGCAACUCUUCGAGAUCAAUGGAGAUUUGCCAUUAGACAGUACAGUAAAUGGUACUCACACGCUUGGGGUACUGCUAUACUUGCUGGAAUCUCCUUCUUCGCUCUCGGUUGGGUUAUUAAAGGCUCCAAUCCUCUUCCCUCUCGCCAAGAUGAUUCCAAUUCGCCUUCCUCCUCUGCUUCCACUAGCGCACCUGAAGCUCGCCCUUGAAUUUCUGACUUUGGGUUUAGAAAAAUAAACCCAUCUUUGCUCACUGCCGCUGGAUCGAUGACUGUGCUUGGAGUUUGGACGUUUUUAAUCUUCAGAAAGCUUCGGUACUUGACUGUCAUCAUUUCUGCAACUAUGCGUCUUGCUUUCAUUUUUCAUGGUUUUGAUUUUUCCAUUUUGUAAAGUUAACCUUUUUCAUACGCGGUUGGAUAGGAAGUGUGAAGUUUAUAAUAUAUGGUUGGACAUUUAUUUUAGUAAUUGUUUACACUACAUAACAUGGAAAAUAUAAUAGCAUCUUCUGAAUCACUUUGGUA